AUGGACGAUGCUCAUGGAAAUGCUCUUCACUCAUACAUUGGACGAAGCAAGGCUUUGAUGAUCAACACGGCUUGCCUUGAUGAGAAGAUGAUUCUAUCCGAAGGCACUGACCCGAGGAAUAGCUCAUUCUGCCUUAGACCAUCUAUCGUAGUUACUACAACUUAUCUGGUUGGACAAAGGGCCACAGGACCCACUGUUAGAGCAGAAUACCUGGGUACGUGCCGAAUAUUGAUAGACCUCAAGGGGCUAUACACCGCUAGUAGCGCCGCGAGGCUAUACCUUUAUAUCCUCCUAGUCUACGAAGAUUACUAA